AUGCCUUUGCAUUAAGCAUGACUUCCGGAGGGCAGUAAAGGGGGCUGGUGAGAGCAGGGCAGUUUUGCUGGGGGACGCUGUCAAAUAAAUGCACAAAUCAGGGGCGACUCACUUAUUUAACGUUACAUCGUCAUCAUCAUCAUCUCGCACCUGUCCCUCGCAGACGGCUCUCUCACUGCUGUUAAAAUGAAUAAACAGCCCAGUAAAGAGUCGUUGAGGGACAAAUUUAAGGGCAUUUUUGGCCUCGGGCCCACUAGGCCGCACCAUAAACAAGCUGACAACAAACCCUCUGAAUACAUCAUUACACUGGACAUCCUGAUGGAGCUCACGUCGGAGUACAGCCUGAACCAUCGCAUCAGGAUGGUUAAUCAUGUUUGUGAAUUGGCGAAAACGAAGAGGUUUGAGGAGCAUGCAGUGGAGGCCAUCUGGAAGGCGGUGGAGGACCUGACGCAGCCGGAGCAGCCACCUGAAGCCCGUCAUGCGGUGCUGGUGCUCUUAAGGGCGAUCAUACAGGGACAGGGCGAGUGGUUGGGUCCGCUGAGAGCUUACUUCUUUAAGGUCAUUCUGGACUAUCAGCCUUCUAAUGAAGAGCUGCCGGAGAGACUGGAGGUGUUCAAGGCCCUCACAGAGAACGGAAAGGACAUCACAUAUCUAGAGGAGGAGAUUGCUCGGUUUGUCCUGUUGUGGAUGGAGAACAGCAUGUCCUCAGAUUUCCUGCACGUCCUCGUCAACCUUGUCAAAUUCAACUCCUGCUACCUGGAUGAGAACGUUUCGCUUAUGGUCCAGAAAAUCUGCCUUCUGUGCAACCGGACGACAUCCUCCACAGACAUUGAGGUUGCGCUGCAGGUGCUGGACGCGGUGGUGUGUUAUAACUGUCUGCCAUCAGACUCUCUAACAGUCUUCAUCAUCACUCUGUGCCGAACUGUAAAUGUAAAGGAGUUCUGCGAGUCCUGCUGGAAGUUGAUGCGCAAAGUGUUGGGAACUCAUCUGGGUCACAGUGCCAUAUACACCAUGUGCCGAAUCAUGGAGGAGAGGGUGUACUCCGAGGACGCCGCUCUCCUCCGCGGUGCUGUGUUUUUUGUUGGGAUGGCGCUGUGGGGCGCUCACAGACUCCCCGCCCUCAAAAACACACCUACGCUGGUCCUGCCUUCCUUCUACAAGGCCAUGAGCUGUGCUAAUGAGGUGGUGUCCUAUGAGAUCGUGCUCUCCAUCACGCGCCUCAUUAAAAAAUACGGCCGCGAGCUGCAGGUGGUGACCUGGGACAUCCUGCUGUCCAUCAUAGACAGACUCCUGCAGCAGAUACAGACGAUGGGCAGUCCUGACCUGAAGGUGAUCGUCUAUGAGCUGCUGAGCACCAUCGAGGAGCUUUACGAGCAGAACGACUUCCACGGCUCCUCGGCCCGCUUCUUCAGCCUGGUGGAGAAGUGUGCGGAUAAACGUCCUGAUGCAUCUGUGCUCACGCUGGUCUCCUACAGAGCUCAGGCCAUCCAGCCGGCCAAGGACGGAUGGCUGCAGAACCUGCUCAAACUCAUGGACAAGUUCUUCAGGAAUGAGAGCCGCACUAUGAUCAGGAUCAAGGUUCUGCACAUCUUGUCGUUCGUCCUCAGCACAAACCGUCAGCUGUAUGAGGAGGAGCUGAUUGAGGUGGUGGUCAUCCCUCAGCUGGGUCAGAUAGCUGAGGAUCGUGACCCGUCAGUCAGGAAGCAGGCCACACAGCUGCUGGUGGAUCUGGCCGAGGGCUGCAGCACACACCACUUCAGCAGUCUGCUGGACAUCAUCGAGAAGGUGGCCAGUCGUCCUCUGAGCUGCUCUGUAGAGGGCGACAGAGAACUGUGUGUGGAGUCGCCGCUGGAGGACGUGCGCACCGCUAUACUGGGCCUGCUGGACAUCCUGCAGAGCAAACUCUAUAGUCUGCCUGCCAGUCAUGCCAGUCGAGUGUAUGAGCUGCUCAUCUCACACCUGCAGCUGCACUACAAGAACAAAUACUGCAGCGCCAUCAGCGGAGCCAUACGCCUCAAGGUGUUUGAUUUCCUGCUGCUGAUGAGGGCUGAUUCUCUACAUCGUCUCGGGGUCCCCAAUAAAGACGGAGCUCUGAGAUUCAGCCCGUACUGCCACUGUGACCCAGGGGAGUCCGAGAAGAGAGUGUCAGAGAAGAAGCCGACAGGAAGUGUGUCUCCACCGGCAGGAAGUCCCACACCGGCAGCUCCGCCCUCCUCCAUCCGCACCGCUUACCUGCCCUACAGUCUGGCUUUCAGUGUGCUGCUGCAGUGCCUCAAGACGGAGACCGACUGGAAGGUCCUGAAGCUGGUUCUGGAUAAGAUGUCCUGCACCAUCCAGUAUAAAGUGCUGAUCCUGACGUCUCCAUGUAACAUUGAUAAUCUGUGCGCAACGCUCUGCUCGAUGGUGACGGACCGCAUUAUUUUGGAGCGUCUGAAGAAAACCCCUGAUGGAUUUUCCCUCACUGACGUUCAGCUCGCUGUGGUUCCUGUUCUCACGGCCAUCACGUCCUACCACAGCUAUCUGGAUCAGCUCCGACAGAGGGACCUGGUGCAGUGUCUGGAGAAGGGUCUGAUCUACCGCUGUGCCAAGCAGUGUGUGGUGGCCCUGACAAUGUGCACAGUGGAGAUGCCCGACAUCAUGAUCAAACUACUGCCCGCCCUUAUCGUCAAGCUCACGCACAUCUCGGCAACCGUUGCCAUGGCCUCACCCAUGCUGGAGUUCCUGUCCACAUUAGUGCGGCUCCCACAUCUGUAUGCUAACUUCGUAGCUGAGCAGUAUGUUAGCGUGUUUGCCAUAUCGCUGCCGUACACCAAUCCUUCAAAGUUUAAUCAGUACAUAGUGUCUCUGGCUCAUCAUGUGAUCGCCAUGUGGUUCAUCCGCUGCCGACUGCCUUUCAGGAAAGAUUUUGUUCAGUACAUCACCAAGGGUCUUCGUUCUAACGCUCUCCUGCCGUUUGACGACACACACGAGCAGAGCAGUUUCAGAGCACGCAGCACCAGCCUGAACGAGAGGCCCAAGAGUUUGCGGACGACCAAAGUGGCGAAGCAAGGCCCCAGCGCAAACUCUCCCGUUAAAGACCUGAAAGACCUUUCGGCCAUGGACGCCUUCCGCUCCCGCAGCAUCAGUGUGUCCGAGCAUGCUGUGCGCAGGAUGCAGACGUCCAGCACCACCUGCAGUCUGGGCUCAGCUGAUGAGAACGCUGUGAUGCAGGCGGACGACGCUCUGAAGACAGUCCAUCUGGAGCUCACAGAGACCUGCCUGGACAUGAUGGCCAGAUACGUCUUCUCCAACUUCUCUGCUCUGCCCAAGAGGUCUCCCAUCGCUGAUUUCCUGUUAUCUGGUGGUCCUAGUAUGACGUGGCUGGUUGGGAAUAAGUUAGUGACCAUAACCACCAGCGGCGGCUCGCGAACACAAGCUCUUCUGGGUCUGGACAUGACAGAGAGACAUGGAGGAGGAGAAAUGACCAGGUCUGACCCGUCUCUGCACACCCGACAGACCAAAGAAGCUCCCGCUAAACUAGAGUCUCAGUCCAGCCAACAGAUCAACACCAACACACGCACACGAGUCCGCUCUAUAUCAGGUGGUCAUGCUCUGCGGGCCGGGCCAGCUCAGAGUCUUAGUCCUCUGGUGGCGUCUCCUGAAGGCGAGUACAGCGGCCCGCUGCCUCCUCCCGGACCCCCGCUGGACGUCCUGAGCUCUCAGAGGGGGAUGGAGGAGCACCCGCCACCCUCCGCCUGCAACCCAUCACCACCGCUCAAGCACAAGCACAGCCUGGCAGAGUUUGUGCCCAUGCUGACGCAGGGCUGGGCCGAGAUCUUCAUCCGCAGGCCCUCAGGGAACACGAGCUGGCUGAUGUGUCUGGAGAACCCGCCAAGCCCGUUCUCCUCUGAGCUGGGUAAUCUGCCUCUGCAGGAGCUCUCCAGCGUCCUCAUGGCCAUGGACGGAGUGAAGGAGCCACCGGCCGAGCGUCCCACAGACGUGUCCCAGCCACAGGGCAAACCGGCUCCCAUCCAGCGAUCCAACACUGUGGCCUCUCUCAGCUCUCUCUGCUCCUCUGAAUCAUCCGGCAGGUUUCACAGGAGUAUAUCCUGGGCAGAUUCAGUAGUGAUGGAGGAAAGUGGGCGGAGUAUGGCGUCUGUUUCACCUGCUGAGUCUAAAGAGGUGGAGGAGUUUGAGGCCGUUCCUUCUGAACCCAUCUUCAUGAACACCAGCACGACUGCACCCGGCAUGAUGAGCAGAUCCUCCUCCACAUCCAGUCAGGAUGAUGAUAAGUCCACCCUGGAGGAGGUCAGUGAAGGAGGAAUCCCCAUCGACCAGCCUCCGCUCAGCCUCUGCACCCCUGGAGCCCAGGACCCCGAGCUUUCCUUCACCCAAAGCAGCAGCAGCUCCAGCACCCUUAAUAAAUCCAGCUCCUCUCCUGAGCUCCAGACCCUUCCAGAGGCCUUCAGCAAAGCCUCGUCCCAGAGCGUGGAUCCAGCUCCCACCAGCAAAAUCCCUACAGUCCAGGCCUGUGUGGAGGCUCCAGGAGAGAGCGCUGGAUCCACCGCUGGGACAUCUUGCAGCAGCUCUAGCGUGUCCGUGUCCUCCUCCUCCACCUCCAGAAUGAGGCUGGAGUUCCCGCCAGUGCAGACAGGACCCCUGUCUCCUACUGGACACCGGCCACGGGGACACACCAUAUCAGUGUCUGCUCCAUCGUCCAGGAGAGACCGCAAAACACUGGAGCGGGACGCCAGAGGAGGAGCGACCAAUGUGGAGAAGAGCUCCGGACUCAGCCCCAGUUUUGUCUUCCUGCAGCUUUAUCACUCGCCGUUCUUCGGCAAUGAGGCCAACAAACCCCUGCUGCUUCCUAAAUCACAGCUGAUUGACCGUGCAGUGAAGGUUUUGGAUCAGAUGCCUCCGUACGACACUCAUAAGAUCGGUGUGGUGUUUGUGGGAGCCGGACAGGCCAAUAAUGAGGUGUCGAUCCUGUCUAAUGAGUACGGCUCGAAGCGCUAUGCUCAGUUCCUGACGGGUCUGGGGAAACUCAUCCACUUGAAAGACUGCGAUCCCGAUCAGAUCUUCCUUGGUGGACUGGACCAGUACGGAGACGAUGGAGAGUUCACAUACUGCUGGCAUGAUGACAUUAUGCAGGCUAUUUUCCACAUCGCCACGCUGAUGCCGAACCGUGAGAGCGACCGCGGCUGCUGCAACAAGAAGCGGCACAUCGGCAACGACUUCGUGGUGGUGGUUUAUAACGACUCGGGGGAGGACUACAAACUGGGCACCAUCAAGGGUCAGUUCAACUUUGUGGAAGUGCUCAUAAAGCCGCUGGACUACGAGAGUAACCUGGUGACACUGCAGUGCCGGAAAGAUCUGGAGGGUUUGGUGGACACCAGUGUAGCGAAGAUCGUCUCUGACCGGAACCUUCCCCUGCUAGUCAGACAGAUGGCGCUUCAUGCUAACAUGGCGUCGCUGGUCCACCAGUGCAGGGCGAACCCAUCAGACGCAUACGCUUCAAAAUGGCUGGCCAGACUGAGACACAUCAAGAGGAUCAGGACGCGGGCUCAGGAGGAGAUUCAGUCCCGCCCCUCUCACGGCAUCUCUCUGACUCAAGGCCACGCCUCCAUGCAGAAUAAACCCGCCCACCAGCCGCCGGGAGCAGCACAGAAUCCAGACGCCGGCCAGAGGAAGAGGCUGGUGUCCACCGUCGACGACUUCACUGACUUUGUGUAAAAACUCAACUAUUUUCUGUGCUCCAGAUAAACACCACGGCUUCACUUCAGCUUGACUUUACACUGAGACUCAAUGAAUUUCUGCUGAGUGAUGGAUGUAAAGCCUCUGCACUGGCAUUAUCACAUGCCCUGUUUUAGCAUAUCGACAAAAUUGCACACGCGAUGCACACGCUCCUCAUCUCGAUCCUCUUGUUUGUUCCUCUUGGGUUCACACUUGUUCUCUAUUUGAUUUCCUCUGAUGAAUGAGCUGUUUGUUAUAUGAACCAUCCACACAACUGUGCCAACACACACUACAUUACGCUAUGCUACACUACAGCAGUGUUAUAAAGCGCACAGCACAUGGAAAUGCUCUAUGAUGAUCAUAAUAGACUCCUGUUAAACACUUGACAGCAUUUAAUGAUCAUUUAUAAACACACACUGCAAAAUAUUUUGACUUUUGUCUCAUUUCUAGUCCAAAUAUCUAAAAUUUCUUCAAUUGUUAAUCAUUUUUUAGAUGAGUAAAAAUAUUUUGUUCAAAGAAAUGCCAAAAUGAAGCUGUAAUACAUUUAUUUCAAGCUUAAAACAAGAUUAUUUGUAGAAUAUGAAGUGAAUAUUAUUUAGCUGGCCCCGUUUGCUGAUUAUUUAGCUUGUUUUCAAGGAAAAACUCCCUUCAUUUAGACUCAUUUCUGAAAACAAAACCUUUUUUUUAUUUUUUUGCUUGUCCAGAAAAUGCUUCUUGAUUUUUGAGUUUUUAGACUAGACUCGAGACAACUCCAAGUACGUUUUGUGAUUUCCUAAGGCAGCCUUAGAUGUCACGAAUGCUUUAUAAGUGAACAUUUGAACGCUGUAGAGUUAUGAAUUCAGUGUAAACUGUGACUGAACUACAUGUUUGUAUUUUAAUUGCUCGUUUUCUUUGUGUGUGCGGUGGUUAAUGCAGAUCUCAUGAGUUUUCUAGCAGAACAACAGAUCUGCAGAACCACAAUAGAAGGUUAAACCGCAUCAGAUGUGCGCUCUGCUACCAAAUAAAACACUGAAAUGUGCAAA